AGAGCGAGGGAGAGAGACUGCUUUAAGAGAGAGCGAGGGAGAGAGACUGCUUUAAGAGAGAGCGAGGGAGAGAGACUGCCGCACUGAGGGUUGGAGGAGAAAAACAGGGAUACAAAGGAAAGGAGAAAGUCAUUGCUUUCGGCUCAUACACACUGGCUGGGUGGUUUUCUUCCCUGCGCGCCCGUGUGUUUUUCUUAUCCUCACUCAUAUGUAUCAAGCUCCCAUCCUCCAUCAUCCAUCCACACACGCGCAGACAGAGCAUAGAUACGCUCGCUCACUACACACCCUUUCUGAAGGAGAGAGAGCUGUGGCCGUGGAUGGACCAGUUUUAACAGGGGAUCGCCUGCUACUGAUGAAGAAGCGUUUAUUUUUUUGCACUUUUGCUUCACAGAUUUCCCUGAUUGGAUUUUGAUUAGAGGAGAGGAGGGUUAGGGUUUUGUUUGUUCAUGUGCUGUUUGGCUUGGUGCAGGGCCCACGGCACGGCACAGAGCUUCCCGUCCUUUUCUCUGGGAGUCCAGGGAGACGGUGAGUGACACUGGCUCUGGACAGCCCUCCCCUGGCUGCAGAUCUCAUCUGUUUGGCCUCUUUUGUGUUCGCGGCUCGUGGUUAGCCAAGCCUUCCCUCCCGCACUGAAUUGAGCUAUUGUCUGGAUUUCGGGGUCUCUCACGCUGCCCCACUACCCCGAACCCCACCCCCCCCAGUGUUCGUUUGUCUCUGGUCACGCUGAAGCUGGAGGCUGGAAGCCUGGAUUAAUGGCAGACGGAGGAAGGUAAUGCAUCGCUGGACGCUGCCUCUGCUUUUGGAUCACUCAAGGAAAAGGAACGAGACCUUCCCACAGCAUUCAGCCAAGCAGCUAGCGUUACCACGCCUGACCUGGGCUGAGGUGUAGCCCUCCCUCAGGGUGGAUGUGGGGACGGGGGUAUCAACAACCCUCAGGAGGUCAGCCUAGCCCUCCCUCCCUCCCUGCCUCCCCAUGAAGAAGACACAGAGCACCACCCUGCGUCGGGCCUGGCCCAGCUCAGAUUUCUCGGACCGGGCCUCGGAACGCACCCGGUCCCGCAGCGAGAAGGACUACCGCCUUCACAAACACUACCCCCCUCAGUACAUCUGCCAGUCCCCCCGGGGCUACAUGACAUCAGGUGAUGUGUCUCCCAUCAGUAUGUCUCCCAUCAGCCAGUCACAGUUCAUCCCUCUGGGGGAGGUGCUGUGCCUGGCCAUUUCGGCCAUGAACUCAGCCCGCAAGCCUGUCACCCAGGAAGCCCUGACAGAACACCUGGCAACAUGUUUCCCAGGUGUGCCCACGCCGACGGCAGAGAUUCUCCACCACACGCUGAGUAUGCUGGUCCGGGAGAGGAAGAUCUACCCCACACCAGAGGGCUACUUCAUUGUCACUCCCCAGACCUACUUCAUCACGCCCUCUCUCAUCAGGACCAGCUCCAAAUGGUACCACCUGGAUGAGAGGAUACCUGACCGCCAGCAACAACAACAACAACAACAACAGUGUACCUCCCCCCUCUCUGGAACCAUCACCCCUUCCACUUCUGGCUGUGUCAGAGACAGGUCCCAUCCUAAGAACCAUGGAGACUCCUAUAAUAGUUACCGUGACGACCCCCCCAGCCACCACACGACCCUCACCAGGAAGUCCCCUAAGGAGCACCGAGAGGCCUACUCUCCCCACUCACCUCACUCACCUCACUCCCCUCACACACCCACACAGACCCAGCCCCAGCCUACCUCCACGGAAAAGACCCGGAGCACCCUGAGCUUCCCUUUCAAGUCGGACACCCUGACCAAGCACCGUGAGGGGGGUAGCAGCGGGGAGAAGCAGUCCAAGAAGUUUGGCCUCAAGCUGUUCCGGCUGAGCUUCAAGAAGGACAAGACCAAGCAGCUGACCACCUUCUCGGCCCAGUUCCCCCCAGAGGAGUGGCCUCUGCGGGACGAGGAGACGCCCACGGCCGUGCCGCGCGACGUGGAGAUGGAGAUCAUCAGGCGGAUCAACCCGGACCUGACGGUGGAAAACGUGGCAAGACACACGGCCGUGAUGAAGAGGCUGGAGGAGGAGAGGGCUCAGAGGAGCAAAGCCAGCUCGUCAGCCCAGCACAGCGCACGCAGCAGGAGGAGCCGUGGACACCGCAAGCCCCAAGGUAAGCCGUCACGCUCCCACAGUAAGACCCGCGCCUCCCGGGGAGACCCCUCUGAGGGAUCCAACCUGGACCUGGGGGCUGAGAGGGACUACCGGGCUUACAGCUCCUCCCUGGCGCGCUCGCCACGGGACACCUCCUUCUCCAUGGAGCGCAGCCGUGCCCGACACCUGGCCCACAGCAACCCAAACAUCAUGGAGUCCCACCUGCCCAUCACCCCGGAGUGGGACGUGUCGGGAGAGCUGGCCAAGAGGAGGACGGAGAUGCCCUUCCCCGAGCCCUCACACGGGCCGUCCCACUCCAAGGUGCACCGCAGCCACAGCCACACGCAGGAAAGGAAGUCGCGCAACGAGCGCUCGGACAACAAGGCCAAAGAGCGGUCCCGCUCCAUGGACAACUCCAAAGGGCCCCUAGGGGCCGGGCAGAUUGGGCCCCCGGACUACUUUGAGCGCAGCCCUGAUGAGAGGGACAGAGACAGGAGCCGCUACUACACCGAUGAUGGGACCUUGAGGGCCUCAGCCCAGGCCUCCCAGUACUCCCACUCGCGGGCCACGCCCCCUGCUGCUAAGUUAACCUCUGACCCCUGUGGGCCCGACGGAGGGAGAACACUUGAAAAUAACAAAAGUAGAGACCGUUUACCUGCCUACGACAGCCAGAAGGCUUAUUCUCCUAAACACAUGGCUGAGGACUAUUUCCAGUGCAAUGCAUCCACUGAGGCGGUCCUCACUACCCCUAGCCCCUUAGGAAAACCCAAUCACGAUAACUUACCUAAGGUGAAGGUGGGCUGUUCGUCCGACAGACAGACCCCUCAUCCCCCAGAAUACAAAGAGGACACUACAAAGGGACAGAACGGUGUUAGUUUGCCCAUGCCCUGCCAGAUGCCUGAGCCUUUGCCAAAUGGCCGUUCAGUACAACACCACAACACCAACUCUGGUAGCAUGGACAGGAGGAAGGACAUCUUCAGCAAAGACACUCUAUUCAAACCUCCGCCCAACACGCUGCCCAGCGGCUACGGGGACGGAAGCUACUCCAGGUCGAGCACGCUGAGGAAGACCCCGGUCAUGUCGUCGGCCGAGGUGCUGGACAGCCAGGAGCACUUUGAGCAGCCGGGCCCCCUGCUAGCUGUGCCCCGGCCCCCCUCCUCUGGCCCCUCAGGGAUGGAGCAGGCUGGCUCGUGCCCGGCCGGGGAAGCCUCCUUCGACUACUACAACGUGUCUGAUGAUGACGAGCUGGAGGACGCUGCCUCAGCCAAGCAGGCAGAGCAGGAGCCGAAGUCCCCUGAGGGCUGUGGUGGGGUCGGUGGGGGAGGAGGGGGAGGGGGGGGUACCAUGCAGUGGCUGCUGGAGCGGGAGAAGGAGAGGGACCUCCAGCGCAGGUUUGAGAGGAACCUGACCUUCCCCAACCCCAAGGAGAGUGACCACAACAACCAGAGCCAGCAGUCAGCCCACUCAGCCAGGCUGGACAGCAUGGACAGCAGUAGUGUCACAGUGGACAGUGGAUUUAACUCUCCACGCACACGAGAGAGUCUGGCCUCAAACACCUCCAGCAUCGUGGAGAGCAACAGACGUCAGAACCUGGCUCUGAGUCCCGGACACCUGGGCAUCGCCACGGGCAACGGUCCACCUUUCACCUUCCGGACCAUUCCAGAGCCGCCGCCUACCACCCAACCCGAGAAACUCCAGAAACCCUCAAACUGUUUGGCCUCCAUCACCAGUGUGUGACAGUGGCAGGAGAGGGAGAUCAAAUGAAGAGGGAGGUGUUGGGUUUGGAAGAGUACAGCUCCUCCACCUCACUGGGGCUGUUCUAGUAUCCAGACUGGCUGACACAACACACACAAGCCCGUUCAGUGACUGGUAUUACAUUGUCAAUCUGUCAUGCAAUGGUUUUGGUUUAGUUUUCCUCAUCUUCUGUUGGGUAAUUUUUGAAUUUGUGAUACUCACUACUACAUUGUAACACCACUUCUCACAAGAUUACAUUUAUAAAAAAUAUUUAAAAGCAUUGAUCUUUUUCAAUCCCAUUCUAAACCUUGGAAGAAGAAAAAAACGUCAUUCUACAGGUCCUUUUAGGUUUUUGUUUUUACUGAGCAGUUUUAAUUUAUUUCAUGUGACUGAUUUGACUUUGACCUGCCAGUUGACAUUCUGUCAUUUAUUUUGGUGUCAAAUGUAUAAUUUUAUAAUCUCAGGUCACUCGUAAUUACACUCCUACCAUUUUUUGGCUAUGUGUGGCUGUUGAGCUUUUUAAACAUACUCUUUAGCCCCCUCUGCUGGCUCACAUGAGGCUCUGACACAAUGCGAUGCAUACAUAGCCCUGCUUGCUAGACUUUACCUGACCCCUCUGCCAUAAGGCCUACAUAAUGCUGUCAUGAUAAUAUAACAUGCAACAAACCGUUAUGUCAGCUCAUGACGACUGAUUUACAGCUGUCCUAACAGAAACCGUUGUUUAGGCUUGUUAAUUGUCUGGCCAUACAUCUAGACAAUUAGCAUACCUGAGUAAUGGUUUGUGUCAUGACUGUGUCAAGUGACAUAAGCAGCAGUCAUUAUGGUUUAUAAUGCUAUGACAUUAUUAUGACAGUCUUACGAAGGGUUCAAGUGACAUGUUAUCCUAGUGAUGUUAGGAGUGCAACAUGUCCAGUCCAUCCAACAUCUCUGUAGGGUACUAUUGGUGUACCAGAGUAGCCCUCUGUUCCGUGGUACUGAACCCAGCCCUGACGCUGCUGUAGUCUAGAUAACAAAAUCCAAGUGUUUGAACUGGGCUCUUAGAGCUAAUGUUUACAUAGAAUCAGGUCUCUCAGCACAUUUUGGUACAUUGUAAAUACAGAUUAAGGAAAGGCCUCAAUACCCGACAGGGAUUGAGUUUCUAAGCAGUACCACACGGCAGUCAUGGCCAACAAUGGAAAAACCAAACUUUUAUUUUUAUUGGAUUAAAAAUGUCACACUAUUCCUGGUGCUAUUACCUGUGGUAUUUUCCUGUUGAAUGCAUUCGAUGUUCAAAUUAACAACAAGGGACUUUUGAAUAUGGACGACGUCGAAAACCAUCCCCUUUAUAGAGGCAGAUAAGGUCAGUCCUCUCUUUUAUAGAGGCAGAUAAGGUCAGUCCUCUCUUUUAUAGAGGCAGAUAAGGUCCUCUCUCCCCACCUCUCUGAGUUGUUUUCAUAUUUGACCCUAUGUUGUCAGAUUCUCUCUAAUACAACUACCUCCACAACAGUAGAGUAGUGGCUCUCCUCUUACAAAUCACUGUCAUCAGCCUGUAUCCUGUGAAUGUCAAUGUUAAAGCCCUAGAAAUGACUCACACACAAAGACCAUGUCAAAGUGCUGGACUGACUCUCCUAUUGUCAUUCUCACGACAACAGAGCUCACAUGUAUGCGCUACUUGACUAUUUAGCCCCUCUCUCUGUCUGAGUUUAUUAGAGGUGUUCUUCUCACGCAAUUCUCACUUUUUGACUCUCACUUCCCCCAACAGAAAUGUAAUAAUUUCUGUGCAGUUUGAUUAGGGGGUUCUCCUCUCCUCUAUUUAAUGAUGUUAAGGAUAUCAAAGGUGACCUCAUAGCACAGCAUUUCUGUAGGAUACAUCACCGUCCUCUCAGCACUGUGUACCAUCAGUAUCCAUGUCUCAUACAGUGUGAUGAUGAGCCUAUGAAGGGAGUGGUGUCAACCUUGUCACUUUGGUAGUACAGUUCCAGUCCAAUGACAACGCAUUGAAAAGGUCAAUUUUCAGUUUUUGUGAGCUCUUUUCAAAUAAUGAUCAACAUCAUCAAUUCCCUCUGAAAUCAAAAGGGAGAAUUGCAGCCAAGACUGCCUUGUAUUGUCAUGUUUGCACUGAAAUAAAUGCCUGUUCUCUGGUUGCUGUAAAAGCCAUCCAAGAAGGAUGUUCUGUUUAUAUUGAAAAUAUUUCAUAUGAAAUUCUGACAGUCCAUGAAAUGUCUUCCCUUAACAUUGCGGAUUUAUAAUGGAGUUCAAUAACGUUGUUUCUAAUUGUGACAGUAUGUCAUACUGUAGAUGAUCUUGGUCUGUCAUGCUUAGUAAAAUAAUGUCAACAAUAAGAGGGAUUUUUUAUGUCUAUAAUAUCUAAGUCCCUUUUUGUGUAGUCAUGGUGUUUACUGUUGUUCUAGUGUGUGUGAUAUAAUCUUUGGGGAUUGUUACUUUUUAAGAUAAUAAAAUAACAUGUUUGGUUA